AGUGCAGAAGAAGAACGGUACUCGCAAGAGGGGCCGGAAGGCGAGACGUGAUGACGGGAGGAUGGAGAUUCAAAAGAGAAGAAGAAAGGAAGAAACGGAGAAAAGAAGAUCACUCGCUCGGGAGAGUCGGGAGUCGUUUUCUCAGAUCUUGCUCCGCCGACUUCACGUUCGAGCGGUUGCAGUCGGUGCACAAAAUUCCGAGAAGCGACGGCCCUUUACCUGGCCCGCCGCGAGGAGACGAGUUCUGCGAUCGCGAGGAAACGAAAAAACAGGAGGGACACUCGAGACACAGACGGAGACGGACUUGCCACCAGAUAUCUCGGAAUGGAAUUCAAUGACUGGAAUCGAAUCGUUCAAAUGCCUUCAUGAACGUGAAAUCCGGACGUCCUUUAAAUGUCUCCUAGAAGUCGGAAUUACGGAAGAUCAGGAUGUCCUACGCGUGUUACUCUUACGUGGAAAAUUCACCCCCCAUUCAACGAGACACCUUCAACGCUCGGCUCGGCUCUGCUCGGCAAUCUCACAAUCAGUUCAACUCGCUCGCUCCUUGUCGCUCUCGCUCGCUCUCCUCGGACUUCUCGCGCGCGCAUUGCGCGACGCGCGACGCGCCACGCCGCGGAGGGAGCGAACUCGUUGGAUAUAUACAUGCACACGCGAUAUCAUAGCGGCGAGCAGUCGACACGCGGCACUCGUACGAAACGGGUCUCCUCGUGCUCUCCUUCCCUCCUCCUGCAGCCGAAGGAGAGAAAGGAAGAAGAGAGACGGCAGUUAGCCAGGAAGAAAGACACAAGUAUUUUAAGCUCGUCUCCUAAGCGAAAUCUUCGAAACGGCAAAAAUCGUCGAAAGGAUCC